AUGCGUGUGGCUGCUGGUGUUCCACUCAGUGCGGUCGACUUGCAGGAGUUGGAUUGGAGCAAAUUCGAAGACGCUGCAUCAAUGCCGGCUUUGCCUCAGCCACCUGCACAAGAGCAAGGUCAGCACUGGGAUCUUCUCAUUGGCUCUGAUCUGAUCUACUCGCAGGCAGGUGUCGAUCUCCUUCCGCGGGUUCUGAAGGAGUUUGCCAGGCAGUGGCCGUCCGCCAUGAUGCUGUACUGCCAUACUUUACAUCGUUUCGACGACUUCGAUCUGGAGUUCUGCCGAGAACUUCGCAGACAAGGCCUUGUUUACGACAUUGUGGCCGCAGCUGGAGCAGAGAGGAAAGAAGAUGCUGGAGACGAGCUGGACCCGUUGGCAGACGACUGCGCCGGUUUCCUGCAGGAACUGUUUCCGGAGAAGCGCAUCGUUGUCUUUCACAUUCACCUGCCACAUCAGUUUGCAAACGACGGAUGCCUGACGUGGUCGGCCAGUUUGGCAAGGAGUGUACCUCCGGUAGCAGACAGGAUCGACGAGCCCAGCGUUCAGAGCUGCCGAGAUCGAGAAGGCAGCGACGACGUUGUCAAGGUGGGUCGGGUAAGCAUCUUCCUUCCGGUCGAGGGCAUGGAGGACCGUGAGCUACCAAGCGGAGAAGACGGUGUGGUCAUCAGGCUGCGAGCCUUGGGCCCUUUCGGAUCCGGUCAGCAUCCGACUACCGCCCUGGUGCUGCAAGCCAUGCAGGACUUGGACUGGGCCAACAUCCCUACCGUGUGCGACUACGGCUGUGGAAGUGGCGUUCUGGGUCUGGUUGCUCUUGGGCUGGGGGCGAGGCAGUGCCUCGGGGUGGACAAUGUGCCAGAUGCUCUAACAGCAGCCCAUGAGAACCUCAAGGCGAACCUGCCGAGACUCAAACGCGCCAAUGGCGAUGAACCGCGAAUGCAAUUGCACUUGCCACCGAAGGAGAUGUUGGACAAGGACCUCGACUUCUACACACGGCACGGUGAUUGGCGGCACUCCAUGACAUUGCAGGGCUGGACACCUGUGGAAGUGACCGAGGGCUCCUUCGAUUUGGUGGUUGCAAACAUUGUGAUCGGCCCGCUCUGCCAGUCGGCGCCCAUGGUAAAACGCUUGCUGCGCGCAGGUGGCCAGGUCCUUCUUGCGGGGAUGAGAGAGUUCCAGGUCAAGCAAGGUGACGAGGCUUACGGCCAAGACUUUGACUUGAAGGUCAUAAACACCUUGGAUGGAUGGGCACUCGUGCAUGGUCUGCUGCGCAGACCGUGUCGCGACGAGGAGUGCAGCCUGAUGCAAGAUGAUCAGAAGCUUAGAGCUCAGAUGUCCGUGCUAGCCUCCGGCAUUGAUCUCUGCUGCUUUCGGCGGCCUUCCGCACCUCCAGCACCUCCACCGCCAGGCGCACGUCCAUUGCCGGAGAAAGCCGUGCCACCGAAUGUUGCAGCACAUGCAGGGCUGGACACACCCUCCACAGUGGCCGACGAAGAGAAGCAGCAACAUGAAGAGGCAGUGCCAGACUCACCGUCUUCGAAAGGCCCGAAAGGUGGCAAAGGACCUGGCAAGGGGCCAGGCAAAGGACAAGCAAAAGGCGGCAAAGCGCCAGAACCCGCCAUGACGUACAAGCAGAAGCAAGAGGCAGAGCUGGCCGCCAAGGAAGAAAGCCUUACUGCCCCGAAUGGCUUCGCUGGGAAGGAGGUACUCUCUGACUGGGAAUUGAAGGUUCUCGCGGGUGCAACCGACCAAGAGGAAGGACCGUACUCGGGGCGGAAGUUCAUGCCAACACGCGGCUAUUUUGCUUGCGUAAGGUGCGGUUCAGUUAUUUACUUGGCCCAGGCCAAGUUUGUUCACUGA